AUGGAUAUAAGGAAUUUGACUUUCGAAUCUGAACGUAAGAAGUUGUCUGAGUCGUUGUUUGAACACAAUGAUGCCCCUGCGGGUGCUGAGUUGAUGGAAAUCUUGUCUGCGGGUAUCAACGAUUUCAUUAAGCCUGAUAGAUGGGAUAACUUUAAUAAAUUGACAAAGAGAAUGGAGAACGCGUGCCAACUCUUGAAACAAACGAAAAGCACAAGUCUCAGAGAAGACAGAGAACUGCAAAACAAGAUUGUCAUGUUGAAUAGUAAACUCUCCCGUCAGAAUGAGAAGUUGGAAGAUAUUCAGAGUCACGUAGAAAAAGUUGAUACUGAAAACACAAGAAUCAACGAGCAAAUAUCGGCUGACCAAGAGAUUGUAGAUGAUAUAAGGAAGAAAUCUUUCGUCAACCAAUCUAGUAUAAUGACUUCUGAACGCAAAUACUUUGGAACUUUGCAGAACAUCUGUACCAAAGAGAUCCGGAGGAAUGAAAUUCUGAAAGCAUCUAAAACUAGUAACGUUGUCUGUUAUGAGAAGGAAGGAGUGUUCCAGAUGGCCCCUCUCAAUGACUGUAAGCCGAUUAUCACUUCUGAAGUAGACUCUACGGAAAGCCUUGAUGUUGUUCAAAGAUUACAAGAUUUCCGUGAAAAGAUGAACGAGCCUCCAAUCGAAGAGGAUGAAACUGAAAAUUUCGAAAACAACACAUUCGUGAGAUCGAACAUACAAUGCGAAAGAACUCUAGGAGAAUCUAUUGACAUGGGAGGAGACCAUGCCGACGAGCAGUCUAGUGUAGAAGCGAUGGAUUACUCUGAUUGUUGUUGA